GCAGCAAAAGUGCAGUGAAGGUGGCACGUCGUCAGAAAUAGAACGUACGUGUAUCUGUAUUCUGUACGUAAGACGUGUACAUGUGACGCUACUCUUCCUCGACCUUGGUGGUAUGUGCACAUGUGCCAUGGAGGUGAAGAAGGCUCACGCACGCAGGGCAUGGUGUGGUGAUAUCACUCUGCCGGUCAUUCUUCCUCCACCUUCUCUUUUUUCUUCUUUAAAGAGAGGAGAGUAUAUAUGAUGUGGGAAGGCAGAAGGGAGAGAUGCAAUCAAAGAAAUAGGAAGCAUUACGAGCAGCAAGAAAUGGCGGUGGUGGCGGUGUCUACUGGAUGAUCAGCACAGCAAAAGCAGAAUCUUUUGCCUGAGCUCUCCCUUCCGAGACCUCGAUCGAAGCGAGCGAGCGAGCCAGCAGGAGGCGAUUCCUGACCGCCGAUUGUUGACGCAAGUGGAAGAGUCGUCGCCUAAUGCUGCUUUAAUGCCUCCUCUGUGUCUCAAGUGCCGGAGCCGGUGGCGGGGAGGUGGGGUUGCCUAGGGUUCAGGAUGGGACGCCUGAGGAGUAGGACGUCGCUCUAGGUUCUUCUCCGGAGCUUUUAGUACGAGUUCUUGGGGGCCGAGCUCUGUCUUGCCGUUCGAGGUGGAGAUCCGAGGGGGAUCGUGUUUGACGUUGACGUCGGUUGAAGAAAAGGAGCUCUUUUUUUGGGUGCUUUUUGUUGAUAUUGUUGCUGGUUCAGCUUGAGAAGGGCGUUCCUGGGGUGAAAUCUAGGGGUUCCUACUUCCCCUUGGGUUGGGGCUUUGUUCUUCUCAAAUUCUUCGGCUUUACUGAGAGUUCAGCUUAUUUCGGCUUGCUUUUAAGGUUUCGAGAGAGUAAUUCCUGAUUGAAGCUUCAGGUUGGGUGGAAUUUUUCUGGAUUUGGGCGAGCAAUCUCUUCAUUGGUAGGGUUUCAACUCGGUUGCUUCAGUUGAGGUAGCUGCUGGGGACUUUUCUUUCAUCUGCUUUGUGGCUCGUUGGCUUUGUCUCUGUUGUCUGAGAAUCUGGUGAAGGAAACCUGUAGUUGUCAGCUGAUAGAUAAAGGAGGGAUUUUGCUUGGAAUUCCGAUAAGCUGAGACAUCGUAACUUCUGUAUUAUGAGAUUUUGACCUUUCUUGCGGCUCAGUAAGCUCUCUCGUGGGUACAGAAGAUGAGGCUUUCAUCAUCAGGUCUGGGCAAUCAGCAACAGGAAGAUACGGAAGAACAGAGGUGUCUGAAUUCAGAGUUAUGGCAUGCUUGUGCUGGACCUCUAGUUUCAUUACCCCCUGUUGGAAGUCGGGUGGUCUAUUUCCCACAGGGCCAUAGUGAACAGGUAGCUGCUUCAACUAACAAGGAGAUUGAUUCACUGCCCAGCUACCGAAGCUUACCUCCUCAGCUGGUUUGUCAGUUGCAUAAUGUUACUAUGCAUGCAGAUGUAGAGUCAGAUGAAGUUUAUGCCCAGAUGACAUUGCAACCACUGAAUCCAGAAGAGCAAAAAGAACCUUAUCUACCUACUGAAUUGGGUACAGCAAGCAAGCAGCCAACCAAUUAUUUCUGUAAGACAUUGACUGCAAGUGACACCAGUACGCAUGGUGGAUUCUCUGUUCCUCGUCGAGCAGCAGAAAAAGUCUUCCCGCCGCUGGAUUUUUCACUGCAGCCACCUGCACAGGAGUUGAUUGCAAUGGACCUCCAUGGCAAUGAGUGGAAGUUCCGUCACAUCUUUCGAGGUCAGCCAAAGAGGCAUCUUCUUACAACAGGAUGGAGUGUUUUUGUGAGUGCAAAGAGACUGAUUGCAGGGGAUUCCGUACUUUUUAUCUGGAAUGAUAACAAUCAAUUACUUCUGGGAAUUCGACGUGCUAAUAGACCACAGACAGUUAUGCCUUCAUCUGUAUUAUCAAGUGAUAGCAUGCACAUAGGGCUUCUUGCUGCAGCUGCACAUGCUGCCGCGACAAAUAGCCGAUUUACCAUAUUUUAUAACCCAAGGGCAAGUCCUUCUGAAUUUGUGAUCCCAUUAGCCAAGUAUGUUAAAGCAGUUUAUCACACCCGUAUUUCUGUGGGUAUGCGUUUCCGGAUGCUUUUUGAGACGGAAGAGUCAAGUGUUCGACGAUACAUGGGUACAAUUACAGGAAUUGGUGAUCUUGACCCUGUGCAUUGGCCAAAUUCACAUUGGCGCUCUGUGAAAGUUGGCUGGGAUGAGUCAACGGCUGGAGAGAGGCAGCCCAAGGUGUCACUCUGGGAGAUUGAACCUCUAACAACCUUUCCAAUGUACCCAUCUCCUUUUCCUUUUAGGCUUAAGCGACCAUGGCCUCCUGGAUUGCCCUCCCUCCAUGGUGGAAAGCAUGAUGAUUUCAGUCUGAGUUCACCUGUGACGUGGUUCAGAAAUGGUGGAAAUCCAGGACUUCAGUCACUGAAUUUUCAGGGUACUGGUGUUACACCCUGGACGCAGCCAAGGAUCGAUACAACGAUUCUUGGUCUGCCGCCUGACAUGUACCUUACAAUGGCCGCAGAUGGCAUUCAAGAAACAAGGACCAUGGAUCCCACAAAACAAGUAUCAUCUGCAAUGCUGCAAUUCCAGCAAAUACAGAACACAGCUAGCAUGUACUCUCCAAUGCCUCCAAGUCAGCUUUUACACCAUGGUCAAUCUCAACUUCCACAAGCCUUUCUUCAGAAUAUUCAAUUAAACCAAGUACAGAGCCAGUCUCAGUCUGAAUUUUUCCAGCAUCAGUUGCAGCAGGUAUACCCAUUUGGCAAGCAGAACCAACAACAGAUUCUGCAGCAGCAGCAAGCACUGCAGCAUCAAGAAACCCAACAGCAGAAGUUUUUGUCUGAUCAUCAACAAGUUCCUAGUGAAGCAUCAGUCUUCUCUCAACCUAUAUCUGAGCCCCAAUCUCAAUCAGCUACUAUGCAAAAUAUUUCUUUGAUUUCCCAGUCACGGAGCUUUUCAGACUCCAAUACUAACUGUGUCUCAACAUCUGAUGCCUCCCCGUUGCAUAAUAUUUUGAGUCAGUUUUCUCCAGGAGAAGCAUCACAUUUGCUUAGUUGGCCAAGAACCAACCAACUUGUUACUUCUGGUCCCCGUCCAUCAAAACAAGUGGCAGUUGACUCAAUUCUCCCAUCUGGAGCCCAAUGCAUGAUACCUCGGGUGGAACAAUUAGGUGUCUCAGAGCCUAACAUUUCUCAGCGGUCUGUUAUGUUGCCACCAUUUCCAGGAAGAGAAUGUGCAGUGAAUCAGGAUGGUAACAUGGAUGCCCGAAAUCAACUCUUAUUCGGAGUUAAUAUAGACUCCUCAUCACUUUUAAUGCAGAAUGGCAUGACAAGCCUCUGCAAUGUUGGCCGUGAAAGUGAUUCGACUGGCAUGCACUAUGAUGCUAGCAAUUUUGUAGGUUCCUCUGUACAUGAUUUUGCGUUGAGUCAAGCAUUGACAGGUUCCAGUGGUUUAGAGGAAACAGGAUUUUUGCAGUCUUCACAAAAUGCGGAUCAACUAAACCAGAAGGGUGGAACAUUUGUUAAGGUUUCCAAAUCAGGGUCCUUUGGGAGGUCACUAGACAUUACCAGGUUUAGCAGCUACAAUGAGCUGCGCAGUGAGCUUGGGCGUAUGUUUGGCCUAGAAGGCCAGUUGGAAGACCCCUUAAGAUCAGGCUGGCAGCUUGUAUUUGUUGACAGGGAGAAUGAUAUUCUUCUUGUUGGUGAUGAUCCCUGGCAGGAGUUUGUGAACAACGUAUGGUGCAUAAAAAUACUUUCGCCGCAAGAAGUGCAGCAGAUGGGCAAACAGGAUGUCAAUUUCCUGAACUCCGGCCCCAUAAAAAUGCUUCCAACCAAUGGUUGCGACAACUACAUCAGUCGGCAGGAUUCAAGAAAUCUGAGCACCAGGGUCGCAUCGAUGGGCUCACUGGAACACUGAAAACAAGAUUUGUUGGUAGCUCAUAUCCGUCCUUUCAUCUAUUUUUUUUCGCUGUAGUUUGUCAUUUUGGGUGCUCACAUGAAGCAUCAACUUAGCUAGCUUAAUUUACUGUAUCAUAUAUGACACCUGCCUAUAAUGUUGGUACAAACAUUUCAAUACUUGUUUUCUAGGAACAUUCAUGUGAAUGUAUGUUGUUGCAGUAAUUGACUUCUUGAUUUGCCUACCA